UUUAUUCUUAUUUUAUUUGUUUUCUUCCGGUCCUAAAACUUGAGCCGCGGCCCCCGAGUUAGGUGACCUCUCAGCCUCGCUUCUCUUUUGGAGAGAGACCUGGCAAGAGAACGAGUAAAAAUCCGAGAUUGUCAAUUUCUCUGACAUUAUUUUCUCUCUCAGUUCUCUGCCAGAAUCUAGGGUUUCUCUUCAGCACGUCCCGUUAUCGUCUACUGAGGAAAAAUGAGCUCCCUUGUACAGGGCUUUACCAAGUCACUUGCCAUGACCGUGCUAUCCGAGAUUGGCGACAAGACUUUUUUUGCUGCAGCGAUCUUGGCCAUGCGUCAUCCAAGGAGACUUGUGUUAUCUGGUUGCCUGGGAGCUCUAAUUGUGAUGACUAUUCUUUCCGCCCUUGUUGGUUGGGCUGCUCCAAAUUUGAUCUCUCGUAAAUGGACCCAUCACAUAACAACAUUGUUGUUCUUUAGUUUUGGGCUAUGGUCUUUAUGGGAUGCAUUCAGAGAUGGAGGGGAGGCUGAAGAAUUGGCUGAAGUUGAAGCAAAAUUGGAUGCUGAUUGGAAGGCUAAUGGAGGAACAGCAAAACAGAGUAAUAAGGAUGAUGAUGACUUGAAAAAGCAGAAACGGCAGUUUUUCUCACAGUUUUUCUCGCCAAUCUUUUUGAAGGCAUUUUCUAUUACCUUUUUUGGUGAAUGGGGUGACAAGAGCCAGCUUGCGACCAUCGGUUUGGCUGCUGAUGAGAAUCCAUUUGGUGUAGUUAUUGGUGGUGUUGUAGCACAAGCAUUGUGCACAACUGCUGCUGUCCUUGGAGGAAAGAGCUUGGCAUCUCGGAUAUCUGAAAAAAUAGUUGCACUGUCAGGUGGAAUACUUUUCAUUGUUUUUGGGAUCCAAUCUUUCCUUUCAACAGUUGACUCGUGAUGAUCAAAUUAUUGCUUAUGCUUGCUUCAGGGUUCGGAAGCUGGUUGGCAACCUAAUUAUUUUGACAUCCAAAGUUAUAAAUUUUUCGCCAAGUUAGGCGUUCUAAUGAUUAUUUCAGGAGCAAAGACCCUAUCAGAGACAAACAACACGAGAAGAGCUAAGAUAUGCUUCACAUGAUGAAGGCUCUUUCAUAUCAGUUGUCUUUGAUAACUAUAAACUACCUCUUGCUUAUACUAUUUAAAAAAUUUCAUAGGCAUCCAAUUUUCUGGAACUUUCAACUCAAACGUAGUCUAUUACCUUUCGUUACCACUUGCAAUUUCUGCAGAUGAAAACUGGAAGUUCAACUGGGACAAAAAAGAAAAAAAAAAAAAAAGAAGAGAUGUGUAUAAGCAUGAUUAUUCAUGAAGCUCAAAUUACAGGGCUGGAAAUAGUUUCUACCCGGAUGAUGUUUCAUUAUCAUUCUUACAAUUAUUUUAUUUCAAAAAGUUAUCAUUCUUACA